GCUUCCCUUUCCAUUACUUCGCACGGAGCGAAUACCACAAUUCAUUCAUGAGAGUGUUACAUGUUUCCUAACAUGAUGAAAAAUCUAGUAUGUUAUAAUCCACAUGUCACUUUUACAUCAUCGGCUUCUGUCAAAACAUAAUUCAUUAAUAAAAACGAUAAAAAAGACAAAGAAUAAAAGCAGCGCUCUCCCAAAAUUGACGGCCAAUGACCGACGAUAGCAGCGUCGAAUUUUUUUCGACGCCUAAAUUGAAUAUGGAUGGGGAUGGUGACGGUAUUAAAAAUGUGACGGCCAGAAAGAGGACUCCGGUUCCUUCUAGUAAAAAAUUCAAUGCGCGGACACCUUGUGACGAGAAAAUGCGAAUCAAAUUGGAAAAAACGCUGAUGGAGAUGCAGUCGAAAGAAAGCAAACCUAAAAGCCAUUGUUGCUUGACCAAAUCUCAAAGUGUGGCUGAGAUUACGCCUUCUAAGAGUAAACCAAAAAAAAAACCUAUACCGAAGCUGCAAAAACUGAACCUUAGCGGCGACUCGUCGGAGCACGAUACUUCCUCUCUAAGCGUGACAUUGCACGCAACCCCCAGGCCGCUGGAAGCGCCGUUGGCGACGUCUACGUCGUCGGCGUCGCGACGCUGCUGCACCAGAGACUGGGCGGCGUGUAAGGUAUACGGGCGUCUGAUGUUGUGCGUCUGGCGCCGAUACAAGGCUCGUCUACAGGCGAUGUCGGAGUCCAACGGGCGACAACAGAAUCAGAUUAGUCAGUUGGAACUGCAAGUGGAUUUCUUGAAAAAUAUGAGAAACUCGGAAUGCGACAAACGAAACGAGGCACUUAAUGAAUGUCAGAGACUGAAGAAAAAAAUGGAAAUUUUAGAAUUGGCCAAUAACAAUCUAAUCGAGGAAAUAAAAAGCCAACAAGAAGAGUUGAUGGGUUCGAAAAAGAAUCUCAGAUUAGUCAAAUUCGAUCUAAAAAAGAGUUCAGAAGAAUUGAUACAGACCAAAGAUCUACUCAAGAGACGGAAAGAAGAAAAAAUGGAUCUACUUAGUAAGCUGGCGACUCAAGAGAAGAAAAUCUACAACCAAAAUUCGACAAUAUCUGAUUUGGAGAAUGCACUGACAAUUUCAGAAAAUAAUCUUCACAAUAUUGAAUCAAAUUUCAGGAGCAAGCAGGACGAAUUUGAUGAAAUAUGUCAACAACUGGAAGCAGAGAUGAAACUAAACGAAAAGUUAAAAACCGAAAUUAGCUGCCUGAAAAACUCGAACGUGUUAUUCCAGAAUCGGUCCAAACAUUUAGAGGACGAACUAGAAUCGUACAUAUCACACAUCGAAGAGCUGAAAGAGGAGAACACUAGCAUUAGGAUCGGUUUGGAACAGGUCGCUACCGAAUUGUCGGUGGAAAAGAAAAGGCCUUGGUAUAAAAACACUAAAGAACUAGCUUUAUUGUCUUUAUCUGCACUACAAAAAAUCGCCGAAGUUGUGUUACCAGUUUAUCACAAGUAUUGAAAUUUACAAGCGUUACUCAAAAGUUUUUUCUUGUAAGUGAACACC